AUGCGAAGCCGCACCUCUGCUAGUAAAGGGGGGAAGUCGAGUAAUCGACAUAAGGGAGACGUGGGUGCUGUCCCAGAGAAUUUUUUAAUUGCCACAAAUGAUGUUAACUCCAUCAUAACUUCUCAUCCACUGGCAAUGAAUUUCGUUGUGCCUGGGUGGAAUUCUAUGGAUACGUCGGCUCUUUCUUUUCGUCCCAUUUCAAACAACACUGGUGUCACGCCGUUUUUGAACAAUAAUCCCGCUCCAAACAUUCCCGGUGUAUUGCAGAACCAUAUUUUGCCCACAACACUGUCGCAAUCGGUGGUUGCCCCCGUCCCGCAGGUCAAUUAUUAUGUUAUUGGGGCUCCUCCAAACGGAUUUCAGGGCCUUCCACCAAAUCAAAUAAAUAGCAAGGUAUUUUCUGCACCCGCAGUCAAUGGGGGUGGCAAUGGAACUGGGAAUGGCGGUCUCGGCAACUCGGGGACUUCUUUUCCAUCAAGUUUGUCGGAUUUUGUUGCUUCCUAUAACGCGGUUCCGCCGCCCCCAAAACUCCCUGAGGGAGUUUCACGCUGUUCUACUUGUCUCUCGCCUAUUGGUGCGAUGGAGCCUGUUUUUUUGUUUCCCCAAGACAACACGGUGAUGUGCAUGCGUUGCAGUAAUCAGCGAGGUGCUUGCGGGGAUGCGGCGCAGGCCACAAGGGGAAUGACACCGUUUAUUGUGCCCCAGUCGAACUUGGGUGGCUCUUCACAUCCGCCUGCAGGAAACCCAGCGAUGUUCCUGCACACACUUCCGCCGUACACGUCUCAGUCUCAUUCUCAAAAUCCAUUGAUUCCACAGAUACCGCAACAACCAUUACCGCCUCCGCCGCUGGCGCAACAACAGCAGGGCUACAGCGUAAACAAUGGCUGGCAAUAUGUGUAA